AUGGAGAGUGACUUUUAUUUGCCUUACUACGUGGGUCACAACGGCAAGUUCGGCCACGAAUUCCUGGAAGUUGAGUUCCGACCAGAUGGGAAAUUGCGAUAUGCCAACAACAGCAAUUAUAAAAAUGAUGUCAUGAUCAGAAAAGAGGCUUACGUACAUAAAAGUGUGAUGGAGGAACUGAAGAGAAUAAUUGAUGACAGUGAAAUUACCAAAGAGGAUGACGCUUUGUGGCCUCCUCCUGACCGAGUGGGCCAGCAGGAGCUUGAAAUUGUCAUUGGAGAUGAACACAUUUCUUUCACAACAUCAAAAAUUGGUUCCCUUGUUGAUGUCAAUCAAUCCAAGGACCCAGAAGGCUUAUGAGUAUUUUAUUAUCUUGUCCAGGACCUGAAGUGUUUGGUCUUCAGUCUUAUUGGAUUACACUUCAAGAUUAAACCAAUCUAGGUUGAAUGCUGGUGUGGACCCAAGGGGGUGGGUG